AUGGCGGACGAUAGCAAGCAUGGCACAAACGUCUCUCAGGCGCCGACAGAUCGAGGGAACUUCCAAAAAGAUCACCAAUGGAGCCCCGACCUCUCCCAAGAAAAAGGCGAUAUGACCGAGAAGCCCCGUCAAAACGGAGACGCAGAUGAGGUAGUUGUCGGCGGUUUUGCUCUGGACGAGGACUCGCCUUACGAGGAGGUGCGCGCUGCCGUCCGCAACACCGAUGGCGAGGAGGUCGCGAACACGGUUCGGGCAUGGAUCCUGGGCAUGGUCUUCGUGACAAUCGGUAGUGGUCUCAAUAUGUUUCUCAGUAUGAGGAGUCCUGCCAUCAACUUUCCAUCCAUCGUCGUCCAGUUACUGGUGUACCCAAUUGGCUGCCUAUGGGCCAAGGUCAUGCCAACCAAGGUGUUUAACACCUUUGGCGUCCAAUGGACCUUUAAUCCCGGGCCUUUCACGAUUAAAGAGCACGUCGUCAUUACCCUCAUGUCCAACGUCUCCAUUGGCUACGCGUACAGCACCGACGCCCUCCUCGCGCUACAGGGAAAGCCUUUCUACGACAUCAACCUGGGAUGGGGCUUCCAGCUUCUCUUCACUUUGAGCUCCCAGCUCAUCGGGAUUGGCCUUGCCGGCCUGUGUCGACGGUUCCUUGUGUGGCCAUCAGCUAUGAUCUGGCCGAACCAAUUCGCCAACACAUCUCUGUUUUAUGCUCUUCACGACAAGAGCAAGAGCGAGGGCACCCACAGCAAUGGCUGGAUCAUCAGCCGCUACCGAUACUUCUUUUACGUUCUUGGCGCAAUGUUUUGCUACUACUGGAUUCCCGGCGUGCUCUGGCAGGGCCUAUCCGUUUUUGCCUUCGUCACGUGGAUCAAGCCUAAUAACAUCGUAGUAAACCAGCUAUUCGGGGGGUUCACAGGUCUUUCUCUGAUCCCAAUCACUUUUGACUGGACGUAUGUAUCUGCGUAUCUAGGAGACCCUCUGCUUUCGCCGACGCAUACGCACAUCAACGUGCUGAUUGGACUCUUCACCUUUAUCAUCAUUCCAACAAUUGGCAUUGCAUACUCAGGCGCACUCUUCGCGGAAUACUUGCCCAUCAACACAUCGCAAACAUACGAUAAUACGCAGGGUCGAUACAACGUCAGCAAGAUCUUGGGCCCGGGGCACACCUUUGACGUCAACAAGUACAAGGAGUACUCCCCCCUCUUCUUGCCGCCCACCUUCGCCCUCAACUACGGCCUAUCAUUUGCGGCCCUCACCGCGGCGAUCGUUCAUUGCGUGUUCUUCCAUGGCAAGGAGAUCUGGUAUCGGUUAAAGGCCGCCCGCAAUCAGGAAGCAGACAUUCACCUGAAGUUGAUGCGGAAGUACCGCGACGCGCCGGAGUGGUGGUACGCCGCCCUGCUCGUCAUAGCGAUUGGGCUUGGACUUGCCACCGCUGAGGGCUACGACUCCCAACUCCCAUGGUGGGCGUUUUUCGUUGCCAACUUGCUGGCCAUGAUUUUCGUCCUCCCGACUUGUACCAUUCUGGCCAUCUCCAACCUAGGUCUCGCCCUGAAUGUCUUAUCACCCUUCUUGGCAGGCUUCAUGAUUCCGGGGAAGCCGAUUGGCGUCAUGAUCUUCAAGGUGUACAGUACCAUCACUCUUGGUCAGGCGCAGACGUACACCGGCGACCUGAAGAUGGCCCAUUAUAUGAAGAUUCCACCCCGUAUCACCUUCUGGUGCCAAGUAGUAGCCACAAUAUGGGCCGUCUUCGUGCAGAUUGCGGUAAUGAAUUGGACGCUGGGUAACAUUGAGGACUGCUGCGCACUGUCGCAGCAUGCUCACUUUACCUGCCCAAACGGGAGAGCAUUCUUCUCUUCUUCGAUCGUCUGGGGUGUGAUCGGCCCGCAAAGAAUGUUCGGUGCCGGCUCCAUCUACCAAUAUUUCAACAUAUUCUGGCUCAUCGGAGCAUGCUUGCCCAUUGUAUUCUAUGUGCUGGCCAAGGUUCUCAAUCUCAAAUUCGCCAAGACACUCCAUGCACCAGUCAUGCUUGGCGCCAUGGGAUGGCUGCCACCAGCAACGCCCUUGAGCUUCUCGAGCUGGGCCAUUGUCGGCCUCAUAUUCAACCAUGGCAUCCGUAAGAGGUUCCGCGGUUGGUGGCAGACGUACAAUUACAUCACCGCGGCUGCGCUGGACGCGGGUCUCAUUAUCAGUACGAUCGUUAUCUUCUUUGCGAUCACGUUCCCCAACGUCACGAUACCGCAGUGGUGGGGAAAUGUCGAUGUUUACAACACCUUGGACUCCACCUACGGCGCCAUUCUGAAGACGGUAGGGGAGAAUCAGACUUUUGGCCCGGCCAGCUGGUGA